AUGCCAGAGCCUGUAAAGAAAACAGUGUCUGCAUUUACCAAGAAGCCCAAGACAACAGAGGUGACAGCUGGAAGCACAGCUGUGUUUGAAGCAGAGACAGAAAAAGUUGGCAUCAAGGUGAAGUGGCAGCGAGCUGGCACAGAAAUUACUGAAAGUCAGAAAUAUGUCAUCAAGGUGGAAGGAAACAAGCAUUCACUGACAAUCAAUAAUGUAGGAAAAGAAGAUGAUGUGACAUAUGCUGUAAUAGCUGGAAGUUCCAAGGUCAAAUUUGAACUCAAGGUCAAGGAACCAGAAAAGAGUGAGACUNCCCCGCCUAAACCUGCCCCAGCCCCAGCUGCCUCAGAGUCACCUGCUCCACCAGUAGAAAGCAGCGAAAACACAGAAGUUACAUCUGCUGGAACUCAACCAGAAGAGCCUCUGGACCCUAUUGGGCUCUUUGUGACACGACCCCAGGAUGGAGAAGUUACUGUUGGUGGAAAUAUCACAUUCACUGCCAAAGUAGCAGGUGAGAGCCUGCUAAAGAAACCAUCAGUGAAAUGGUUCAAAGGAAAGUGGAUGGACCUAGGAAGCAAAGUGGGGAAACAUCUCCAGCUACACGAAAAUUAUGAUCGAAAUAACAAGGUGUACACCUUUGAAAUGGAAAUCAUAGAAGCAAACAUGACUUUUGCAGGAGGGUACAGAUGUGAGGUGUCAACCAAGGACAAGUUUGAUAGUUCUAAUUUCAACCUGAUAGUCAAUGAAGCACCGAUAACUGGAGACUUGGAUAUUCGUGCUGCCUUCCGACGCACGAGCCUGGCAGGAGGGGGGAGACGGAUGACUUCAGCCUUUCUCAGUACCGAAGGACAUGAGGAAGGUGGAGAGUUUAAUUUUAGUGCCCUGCUGAAAAAGAGAGACAGCUUCUUGCGCUCGGCAAAUCGAGGUGAAGCAAAAUCUGAAUCACAAUCUGAUGUUGAUGUCUGGGAAAUCCUGAGGAAAGCUCCUCCUUCUGAAUACGAGAAGAUUGCUUUUCAGUAUGGCAUCACAGAUUUGCGUGGGAUGCUGAAACGCCUCAAACGCAUAAAGAAGGAAGAGAAAAAAAGUACAGCAUUCGUCAAGAAACUGGAUCCAGCUUACCAAGUGGACAAAGGGCAAAAGAUUAAAUUAAUGGUUGAAGUUGCUGAUCCAGAUGCUGAUGUGAAAUGGUUGAAGAAUGGACAGGAGAUCCAAGUGAGCGGCAGCAAAUAUAUUUUUGAGGCUGUUGGGAAUAAGAGAAUACUGACCAUAAACCACUGCUCUCUGGCUGAUGAUGCAGCAUAUGAAUGUGUGGUAGGGGAGGAGAAGAGCUUCACAGAACUAUUUGUAAAAGAACCUCCAAUCCUCAUCACUCACCCACUGGAGGACCAGAUGGUGAUGGUUGGAGAGAGAGUGGAGUUUGAGUGUGAAGUGUCUGAGGAAGGAGCUACUGUGAAAUGGGAAAAGGAUGGAAUUGAGCUGACACGAGAAGAAACAUUCAAAUAUCGAUUCAAGAAAGAUGGAAAAAAGCAGUACCUAAUUAUUAAUGAGUCAACCAAGGAGGAUAGUGGACACUACACCGUGAAGACCAGUGGUGGAGUAUCAGUCGCUGAACUAAUUGUACAAGAGAAAAAGCUGGAAGUUUAUCAGAGCAUUGCAGACCUGACAGUGAAGGCACGUGACCAGGCAGUCUUCAAGUGUGAAGUUUCCGAUGAAAAUGUGAAAGGAAUCUGGUUGAAAAAUGGAAAGGAAGUGGUCCCAGAUGAAAGGAUAAAGAUCUCCCAUAUUGGCAGAAUCCAUAAGCUAACUAUUGAGGAUGUAACACCAGGUGACGAGGCUGAUUAUUCCUUCAUCCCUCAGGGAUUUGCUUACAACCUUUCUGCCAAGCUUCAGUUUUUGGAGGUCAAGAUUGAUUUUGUACCAAGAGAAG